GCCCUCAUGCGCCCUCCGCUCCUGAAAAAAAGCAGCGAUUUUCGGCGCGCCGAAAACUGAAAAACCGGCCGGAGGCGGCGGCGACCACGGGGGCGGCUGGCGGUGCGGCGGCGAUCGCGACGCGGGCCCCAAGUCGGCGAUCGAUCGGGUUAUCGAGUUUGUAGCGACUGGAACAAAGCGUAAUGCAACUGUGACGAGUGAGUUUUUCACGCCGAAACUUUCAUUAAUGCCUGAAAUGUCGCUGGAAUGUCAACGGUGAAAAGAUGCGACGCCACUGACAGGUCGGAGAAGCACAACACGAAGAAGCGCAAGAAACUGCCCUCACGCUUGCACACAUCGACUUUAGCAACGAUGCUCAUUUCCCGUUCAGGGUCCGUAACGACUUCGGCUGACAAGAUGGAUUUUUCAGCGCAUCGUCCGUAACAAAUAACCCGCCGCCAUGAAUCUCAUCAACAUGGACGCCGAAAACAGGGUGGUCCUGAACGUGGGGGGCAUACGUCACGAGACGUACAAGGCCACGCUCAAGAAGAUCCCGGCCACUAGAUUGUCACGUCUGACCGAGGCCUUGGCCAACUACGAUCCCAUACUCAACGAGUACUUUUUCGACAGGCACCCGGGAGUCUUCGCGCAGGUCCUCAAUUAUUACAGGACCGGGAAGCUGCACUACCCCUCCGACGUGUGCGGCCCCCUGUUCGAAGAGGAGCUCGAAUUCUGGGGUCUAGACGCCAAUCAAGUCGAACCCUGUUGCUGGAUGACAUACACCCAGCACAGGGACACCCAGGAAACCCUCGCAGUCCUCGACCGCCUGGACCUCGACACCGAGAAGCCGAGCGACGAAGAGAUCGCUCGGAAGUUCGGUUUCGAAGAAGACUACUUCAAGGGAACGCUGAGCUGGUGGCAAAUGAUCAAACCCAAAAUAUGGUCGCUUUUCGACGAACCGUACUCUUCGACGGCGGCCAAGGUAAUAGGCGUACUAUCAGUAUUUUUCAUCUGCGUGUCGAUUCUGUCGUUCUGCCUGAAAACCCACCCCGACAUGAAAGUGCCCGUCAUCAAAACCGUCCCCGUCCGGACUGCUACCAAUGGGACAGACUUCAUCAUCGACAAGUUCGACACGGACGCCCACGUCGCUUUUUUCUACAUCGAGUGCAUCUGCAACGCAUGGUUCACCUUCGAGAUCCUCGUCCGCUUCAUCGCCUCGCCCAACAAGUGCGAGUUCAUCAACUCCUCCGUGAACAUAAUCGACUACAUCGCCACCGCCAGCUUCUACAUCGACCUGAUCCUCCGCCGGUACGCCGCCCACCUCGAGAACGCCGACAUCAUGGAGUUCUUCUCCAUAAUCCGCAUCAUGCGCCUGUUCAAGCUGACCCGGCACUCCUCCGGCCUCAAGAUCCUGAUACAGACGUUCCGCGCCUCCGCGAAGGAGCUCACCCUCCUGGUGUUUUUUCUAGUGCUGGGUAUAGUGAUUUUCGCCAGUUUGGUGUAUUACGCGGAAAGGAUACAGACAAACCCUGACAAUGACUUCAAGAGUAUCCCGUUGGGGCUGUGGUGGGCGCUGGUCACUAUGACCACGGUGGGGUACGGAGACAUGGUGCCAAAGACGUACAUCGGGAUGUUCGUGGGGGCUUUGUGCGCUCUCGCCGGUGUGCUUACUAUCGCCUUGCCCGUGCCUGUGAUCGUUUCCAAUUUUGCCAUGUAUUACAGCCAUACGCAGGCAAGAGCGAAACUUCCGAAGAAACGCCGCCGAGUCCUCCCCGUGGAGCCCACGCGGGGCCCCCGACUGCCCGGGCAGGGCCCCACGGGUCCUCCAGGGGUCCCCGUGAGCUCCGCCGCCGCUCAGAACCGCCGAAUGAACGCCGUCAAGUCAAACCAUCCCAAGGACAUGAUGGGCGGGCCCGGUCCCAAGAUGGAUGAUGAACGUCGUCAUUCGAAUUUGCGUUUGAACGGUACCGUAAUGAGCGUGGUGACGUCAUCACUCAACCCCAACGGCCUGGAGUCGAACCCUGCCGUAAUGAUCUGCAAGCCCAAGCUGGAAUUCUCUCCUUCGCAGGUGAACCUUGCCCAAGGCUCCGGCCAGACGUACACCACCCUGAAAUCACCGAACUAAAGCUGCCAAAAACUCUUCACCAAGAACUGGAAAGUGCUCGAGUUUUGUAUGUUGUAUAGUACACGUAGCAUAUCGUGAUUAAGUAAUAAUAAUAAUAAUAAUAAUAAUAAUAAUAAUGUUAACAAUAGUAUUAAGCGAGCAUCCCGUCAGACGGAGACUUCCAAGCGGCAGAAAUUGCAACGCCACUGGUAGUAGUAACGACAUAUCCGGUCCCACUUGCUCAGCGUAGUAACAAUAGCAUAUCUCACGUUGCAAUUUUUGGUUGGCGACCCGGCUGAUCGCGACGGGGUUUGAGUAUAGAGGGCGCUGCCGUGCUCAGGCCUCUACAGGGUGUAGUGCAUAUUGCAAUAGGGGUUAGGGACCAAUCAGUAUGCACAAAUCGACGUGUUAGAUGUUGUCAAACUACGAUCUUUCGGCUUUACUUCUCAGAUUUUCCCAUUCUAAAUGUAUAAAAGAUUAUUGUUGAGAGUUGUUGUACAAAUAUGGGUCCAUGUUGAAUUUACAAAGUUUAUUGGCGAGUUUUUAAGACGGGAGUCAUUGUGUCACAUAUCUGUGUUUUCGUUCGGUUCUCGAUUUUUUCUAACGGUUCGGACCAAGAAUGUAAUAUACAAUUGAAGGAAACUAUAAUCAUUGUGAUACACAGUUGCUAGAGUAUUAAUUUUUUUGUAAAGAUAUUGUAAUCGCUGUAUUACUGUAAAUUACGAUUUUUGGCCUUUGCUCUUAUUGUAAUGAAACGUAGAUUAGGGACAUUUUAAAAUUAUCGCUGAUAGACCCGGUUUACCAGCGACUAAAGUAAAAUGCUGUAUGACAAAGAAACUAUAAAGCGUUUAUCUAUUAUAAUAAUAAAACAGAUAGUAUACUUAAUUAUACUGUUCUCGAUCAUAUUAUUGUUAUGAUUGCUGUUAUUGUGGGCUUUUUUAAAAUAGAUUUUCUACCGUGGCCGAUUGCUCUUCUGACUAAUAGGACGUAGAAAAUUUAUUUUAUCGGCGACGAUGAUAAUGAUGAUUGAAAUAAUAAUAAUAAAACUUGUAUUAUAGUAAUAAUAAAUUUUAAAAGAUAUUUCCAUGUUACGAAAUGAUGCGACUUUGUUAUACAUACACAUUAAGCAUUGUAAUAACAACACUAAUUAUUUCACCUUCUCACCACGUAAUUAUAUGAUAAGUUGUUGGAUUCUUCCUGAACAUGAUAUGAGAAUUGUAGAAAUUUCGAUAAAUAAAUAAUACAGGAUUUUA